ACAGCCUUAACAAAACAAAAAGGCAAAUCCAAUAUCCUCAAUAUUUGUCUGUGCAUUAAAUUCUUUCCCUGAUUAGAUUUAUAAGGUGACAUAUUUCUGUUGGUACUCGUGAUAAGAGGGAAGCAAGCUUUGAUUACACAGCGUGAAAGGAAAAAUAACAUGAAACUAGAAGGAGCAGGAAAGAUUAAUGGGAGCCGGACACUCAUGUGAGAGGCAAAGGGGCUCUUAAGCUGCCACACGUGAUGGUUGUUUGAAGUCAACUCAAAGUCAACAUUAAAAAAAAGAAAGAAAGAAUCAACAUUGUAGAAGCGAAACCAGCUUGCUUUGCCUCUUUUGCUUUGUUUUGCCUGCACCUGCCGCAUGCAUGAGCUGGACUUGAGCAGAAGGAAAGAGCAGUAGUAUAGUAGAAGCAGAAGAAGCCGCCGCCACUGCCUUUGAAACCUUGCCACUGAGACUAGUUGGGCAGGGAGAAUAGUGGCACCGGUGUCGUCGUGCGUGAGAUGUGUAUUCUUCAGGCGAUUUUCAAGGAACUUUGUGGCGAUGCUGAGCAGCUGAUCCCAUUGGGACCGACGUCUUUGCUACACGAGUCAGGGACAGCAGGAAGACAGCAAAUCAUCCAUACUAUCUAAAGAAGGAGGCGUUUGCUUGCAUAAUAAUUAAGGGGGAAGAGAACAAGCCUUUCGAAAAGCAUCCAUCAUGGACACAUGGUAGCCUUUUGGGAGAUGCUGUCAUGAUUUUUGUCCCCCGUUCGCGGAGAUAAAAAGGGAGUUAGCAAGAAGCGUCCAAGGCAAACCUUUGGGGGGGGUCAUUGUUCCGUUUUUCUGUUCAUCCUUGCUAUUUCUCUAAUGGAAUUUGUGCUCCCCUCCCUCCCCACUGGCUCCACCCGGUAUAGUUCCAGCUGAGAAGAAACACACGUCCUCACAAAUCUUGCCACAGAGACGCCCCCCACAAGCAACCUUUGAUGGAAGAUGUACCUUUCCAUUGACAUUCUUUUGUCAUGACGAAAGAAUGCCAUUGUCGCCACGCAACAGGAACUGAAAUCAAGGAGGACGAACAAGACGUAUGCAUUAGCAAAGGAAGGAUGAUAGCAAUUUUAUUCCCUGUAAAGAGCCAAGUUCUGCUAAGGUUGAGAAGAUCCGCAGCUUGAGAAGCUCAAGGGAGGAAACACUACUAAAAUAGUCGAAAAUAAGAAUGGUGGAUUACCGCGUGCAGUCUAGAAAGGGGCUGUAACACAUGCUUGGGGGUUGCAACUAUUCUUCACACCUGCAUGAUGCCCGAGGACAGGAAUACAGGGGUCCGUGCCUCAGGUGCCCUGGCAUCAUCCCCCUUCGUCCCCAAAACUACCUACAGGAGAAUUAAACGAUGUUUUAGCUUCCGCAAAGGGAUUUUUGGGCAAAAGCUGGAAGACACCAUCCGCUACGAGAAAAGAUAUGGAAACCAUCUGGCGCCCAUGUUGGUAGAACAAUGCGUGGAUUUUAUUCGGCUGCGCGGACUGAAGGAGGAAGGCCUUUUCCGACUCCCCGGCCAGGCGAACCUCGUCAAAGAAUUACAGGAUGCCUUCGAUUGUGGGGAGAAGCCAUUGUUCGACAGAAAUACAGACGUACACACAGUGGCCUCUCUUUUGAAAUUAUUUCUGAGGGAGCUCCCGGAGCCGGUCAUCCCAUACUCCAAAUAUGAGGAUUUUCUUGCCUGUGCCAAACUGCUGAGCAAAGAAGAGGAAACGGGGCUGAAUGAAUUGGUGAAACAAGUGAAGAGUUUGCCACUUGUCAACUUCAACCUGUUGAAGUACAUUUGCAGAUUCUUGGAUGAAGUCCAGUCCUAUUCCGGAGUAAACAAGAUGAGUGUACAAAAUCUGGCCACUGUGUUUGGCCCCAACAUCCUGCGUCCCAAAGUGGAAGACCCUCUGACCAUUAUGGAAGGAACUGUUGUUGUCCAGCAAUUGAUGUCCAUGAUGAUAAGUGAACACGAGCUACUAUUUCCAAAGGAUGGAGACCUCCAAGGUGGGCAAGAGGUUUGCAAUAAUAACAAUGAGAUCCAAAAGAAAGUGAUAAUAGGUCAGCUCCAGAACAAAGAGAACAACAAUACCAAGGAGUUAUCACCAGUGCGACGCUGCUCUUGGGAGAAACCUGAAUCUCCUCAAAGAACCAUCGUGGACAAUGGGUCUCCUACUGCCCAACCUGGAAGCAAGUCAAACAGCCCGAGAAACAGCAUUCAUAAACUGGAUAUCACCAGAAGCCCGCCCCUCUUGGUGAAAAAGAACCCCGCAUUUAAUAAAGGCAGUGGCAUAGUCACCAAUGGGUCCUUCAGCAGUUCUGUAGAAGGUCAGGAGAAAACAUCGCCAGCUUUGCCGAAUGGUACCUUGCAAACUAGAAGAACGUCUUCCCUGAAAGGGCCUGUAACUAAAAUGGGCACACAUAGCGUGCAGAAUGGCGGUGUACGAAUGGGUAUUUCCAGUGCUGAUGCUCAUAGCAACUCUCUGAACAGCCGUAACCAGAGUUGGAUGCCCAACGGGUAUGUGACAUUGAGGGACAACAAGCCGAAGGAGUCCAUGAGUGACUCAGGGCAACACAACAGACUCUCCACCUACGACAAUGUUCACCAACAAUUCUCCAUGGUGAACGCUGAAGAUAAGCAGAGUGUUGAUAGUGCAACUUGGUCCACCUCCUCCUGUGAAAUCUCUCUCCCUGAGCACUCCAACUCCUGCCGUUCUUCUACUACUACCUGCCCUGAGCAAGACUUUUAUGGGGCCACUUUUGAAGACCCUGUGCUAGAUGAGCCCCAACACGAAGACCUCUCCAACCCAGGAGAUUAUGAGAACAAAGGCGACCGACGAAGUGUGGGGGGCCGCAGCAGCCGAGCUACCAGCAGCAGCGACAACAGUGAGACGUUUGUUGUCAACAACACAAGCAACCACAGUGCUUUGCACAGCCUCGUGUCAAGCUUAAAGCAGGAAAUGGCAAAACAAAAGCUAGAGUAUGAAACGAGGAUAAAAAGGUAAGCUGCCAGGCUAGGC